AUGAAGUAUGUCAGAGAGCGUAUGUUGUACGUCGAGCAUAGAGAAAUUCAGUUGGCCAAUCUGGGGAGCCCUGACUGCCCAAAGUCUGCUUUUUGCUAUGUGCCGAUUGAAAGCCUGCUCACAAAUUUGUUGACAACUGACGCCUCUGAACACAUUUUUGGUUCAAGGGACGUAGUGACGUCAGCUGGGGGAGCGCUUCAUGACGUAACCGAUGGGGAGUUCACUAAAGAGCUCAUACGCAAUGGGGACCAGGACAGCAUUUUAAUUCUUCUUUAUACGGACGAGCUGGAGAUCGUAAAUCCCCUUGGGUCAGCUGCCGGGACUCACAAGUUACUUGUCGUGUAUUUUUCCAUUGUUAAUUUCCACCCAAAGUACAGAUCGCAACUGUCCUCUAUGCAUGUCCUUGCUGUAGUGAAGUACGCAGACGUGAAAACCUACGGGUUACAGCCAAUUUUGGACCCGCUUCUUACUGAUUUAUCUCUACUGAGAGAGAGCGGCUUUGACGUCUGUCAUGACGGGGUCAACCAUCACGUGACUGUGACUGUUGUGGGCGUCGUUAGAGACAACCUUUCGCUACAUCGUAUUGGGGGGUUCAGCGCUUGCUUUGGGAAGGGAAAGGUGUGCAGAUUCUGCCUAGCAUCAUCUAAGGAGUUGAAGCGACUUCCCAACGAGCGCCUCUGUGUUAUCCGCACUGCGGACACACAGAAAAGCCACAUAGAGGCUGUUAACUUAAAUCCAGCGAGCGCCAAGCUGUAUGGCGUGAAAGGAGAAUCUCCGCUACUGACUCUCCCAGGAUUUGAUGUUACAUCACAGCUGCUUCCGGACGCAAUGCACGAUGUGCUGGAAGGAGGUAUUGCGUUUGUGCUAAAGCAUGUACUCAAGAGGCCUAUAUCCUCGCGUAUUCUUGAGCCUAGUUGCUUCGAUGCGAUUUCUGAGUUUCCGUUUGGAUAUCACGACAAAAAGUCAAAACCACCUUGCACGAACAAGGCGGAGGGUAAACUCAAAGGCACCGCAAGCCAAAAACUGUGCCUGUUUCGUUUGCUUCCUCAGCUGCUCAGUAAAGACAUUCCCGAGGGGAAUGUACACUGGGAGAUUUAUCUCAAGUACAGGGAAGUUGUGAAUAUUAUUUUAGCCAAUCAAAUCCCUGAAGACGUCGUUGCUUUCUUGGAAGUUCUGAUCGACACAUUUUUUAGGAAAUCUGUGAGUCGUUAUCCCGAAUCGAACCUAAUACCGAAGUUGCACUACCUGGUACACUAUCACAGAUUUAUUAGGAUGUUUGGACCGCCACGCCGUUUCUGGAGCAUGCGCUUCGAAUCGAAGCACGCCUACUUAAAGACCAUUGCCACCCGAUCACGAAAUUUCAGAAACAUCUGUAAGACUGUGGCCACGCGGUAUCAGGCAAAGCAGUGCUACGAGUUUUCGAGCCUUCGAUUAGACGAACCGCUGAGCACGUCAGGUAGCCAGAAACUUAAGUGGGAAAGUCUGGAGGAAGAUGUUCGGGAAAUGUUUCCCGAGAUACCGUCCUCAGGGGAGACCAUGUACAGUGUGGUGUCGGCGACAUUUGAUAAGUGUCAUUAUCGGAAGGGAGCCUACUGCACCGGCUGGGAGGACGAGCUGCCGGCGUUCUCGCAAGUAUUUGUCAUGAUCGUGUUUCGAGGCUCGCUCCUGAUCUUUGUCCAGAAACUGCACACUCUCAGAUUUUGCCGGCACAGGCAAAGUUACAAGGUAGUUCACAUGAACAAGUACUGUCUGCUAAACCCAAUGGAACAGUUCGAAUACCACGCGCUUGACUUGUACCCAACUGUUGAGGGGAACGAAGUGAUUCCAUACUUCGAGCUUUUUGAGAACGUUUAG